AUGUUCGCUCUUGCUGCCAUAUCCUUCGCCGUCGUCGCACACGCUCUCGCCGCUCGAGGGCCUCUGCACUCUCUGCCGGAGGAUCCCUUUGCGUUUCCCAAGUACCGCGUCUCUUUUCUCAACGGGCACCCGGUACUCAACGAAACAGCCGACAAGUGGCUUCGCGAUGGCCUCCGUGGCGGCGAUCUUGAAUUUCUCGACCAGCCAUGGCAUGAAGUCCACUGGGACCGCUCGCAGAAACUGAGGGAAAUUGGCUCGGGCCAGGAGGGGUCCUCGGAGCAAAAGGCGUCCUCGUCUAGUUCUACGUACUCGCUCGAAUUAAUGAAACUUGGUCCUCGCAUGUCAUAUCUCUGCCUCAUUCCGCCACACAUCGAACAGCCAGAGAAUUCUCAACCAGAGGAAUCACCAGCAGAAGUCACUCUGGCUCAUAGCUGGUCUCUUCUACAGCCUCUUGCAGGAUCAUGUAUCUAUCACCGUCAAGGCUGGUUCACCUAUGCAUAUUGCCACAACUCACACGUACGGCAGUUCCGCGAAGCCAUCCCAACCCACCCCGUCGCACCUGGCACCUAUCAAAUACAAGAGGACCAAAGCUGGGAGGCAUACGACCUUGGCCGUGCGCCCCGCACGGAAGCCGGCGCAGAUCUCACCGUCGCCGAACAAGCCGCAUUAUCCUCCAACCUCGAAGUCGCUCGCGGUGCUGGCUCUCGGUAUCUCGUCCAGCGCUGGGGUGACGGAAGCGUCUGCGACAAAACAGGCAGACGGCGUGAAAUUGAGGUCCAGUUCCACUGCUCGAUGACAAUGACCGACUCGAUCCUCUUCGUCAAGGAGACGAAAACAUGCCACUACGUGCUCGUCGUCAACACCCCCCGUCUCUGCGGCGAACCGGGCUUCAAGUCCCGCCUCGACCAGCGCGAAGAGGCCUUCAUCCGUUGUCGCGAGGUUGUCGACGCCGAAGCACUCGCCGCUACGAACCCUGACAUUCCGGAGGCCGACCAUCCCAUCAAGCUGCCCCGACGGACGCCUCUGCCGCCUGGUUCUGGCGCUGGGUCUCACCUGGAAGGUGGUGGUGGCGAUGACCAACAUCACGAAGACGGAGAACUUUCGGACUUGAGUAUGGAUAUGGACAUGAACGAGGAUGGUAAUGCAGAGGACGACCCGAACCUCGACGACCCAAGUCACGUUCUCCGUCUCGCCCUCGAACGGAUCCUCAAUCGGCAGAUCGGGGAGGGUGCCCCACGCGUGAUCGUCGAAGAUGCAGGAGACGGUGAGAUGGUCAUCGAGCUCAUCACGGAACUCGACGUCGACGAACAGGACUUGGAGAACGUGGAUCUGGACGAAGCGUUACAGGACGCGGUGAAUAAUGGGAUGCCGGAUUCGGAGGCGAUCAUGAGGGCCUUGAGGGCGGCGGGGUAUGAGGUGCAGGGAGAGGUGCCGUUUUCGAAGGAAGAGGCGAAGCAGAAGCAGAGGAAGCUACAGCAGAAGGGGAAUGGAAAGGAGGAGGUUCGGGCGGGUCGUCAGGCCCAGGGAGGCCUUGGAAGGGAUGAAUUGUGA